AGAGUCUAAGACCUUGGGUUGGUGGGGCCAGAGGUAGGGAUUCCUUCCUCCGGGACAUCUGGGCCUCCUAGGGUGCAGAGAGCCUUGUGUGUAGCCCUCAGAACAGAUUUCUGAUUCCUAACCUGGUUGUGAUCAUUAUGAUGGAGCAAGAGAAAAAACUGUUGGUCUCAGAUUCUAAUGGCUUCAUGGAGAGGGGGAGUUUGAAAAGCUCUUUUACAGGAGAUGAAAGUAAGAAUAAUUUAGAAACUGUUCAACACAACCACCUUAAGGCAGAUAAACGUAAAGAGAGAGCCUCUAAAUUGUCUAAAACAGAUGGCCCACAAAAUUGUAAGCAUGAGGAUACAAAAGAAAUACCAUUGACAUUGUCCCAAGGAGAUGAGAUUUGCUGUGAUGGUUUCAAUGAGAAUGAUGGCAAGUCAGAGAAUCAGAAAAAUUCUACAGGAAAAGUGGAAGAAAAACCCAGUGACCCAGGAGAACAUGCCAAUGCCUCUGGCCAGCAGAAUUCAUCCUUCAGAGACAAACGCUAUAAAUGUUUUGAAUGUUGGAAAAGCUUCAAUAAUAGUUCUCAUUUGCGUGCUCACCAGAGGACCCACUCAGGAGAAAAACCUUAUAAAUGCUUUGAGUGUGGGAAAUGCUUCAGUAACAGCUCUCACCUGAUCCAGCAUCUGAGAACACACACAGGAGAGAAGCCCUACCAGUGUGGGGAAUGUGGGAAAAACUUCAGUAAUACCUCUCAUCUUGUUAUCCAUGAGAGGACUCACACAGGAGAGAAACCCUAUAAAUGUCCCGAAUGUGAGAAGAGUUUCAGCAGCAGCUCUCACCUUAUUCAGCAUUACAGGAUACACACUGGGGAAAAACCAUAUGAAUGUCCUGUUUGUGGGAAAUGCUUCAGCCACAGUUACGUCCUAAUAGAACAUCAGAGGACUCACACUGGAGAAAAACCUUAUAAAUGCUCUGAUUGUGGAAAGGGUUUUAGUCAGAGUUCCAGCGUGAUUCGCCAUCAGCGGACACACACAGGUGAGAAACCCUACAGAUGUACUGAGUGUGGAAAAAGCUUUGGUUGUAAUUCUACUCUAAUAAAGCAUCAGAGAGUACAUACGGAGGUCUGUUCAGAAAGUAUCCAGCCAUGUAACAUGGCAGAUAGAGACAUUUGUUGAAGACGAUACAAGAAACAUUGUACAUAGUCCACUUCAAAGUAGGCACCUUGGGACCUCACACAGUUCUCCCAAUCGCCAUCUGCUGCCCCGUUUUAUUUUCCUGAAUCUCAUUGACAGUCUGAAAUCGUUUCCCUUUCACAGGUGAUUUUAGUUUUGGGAAAAGCCAGAAGUUGCAGGGUGCCAAAUCUGGGCUGUAGGGGGCGCUGAGUCAUCUGGGUGAUUCGAUGUUUCACCAAAAAACUGUACGCACUGUGAUGCAUGAGCUGGCAUGUUGUUGUGAUGAAGCUGCCAAUCACCAGUUGCCCAUAGCUGUUGCCUUCUGAAUCAUCCUAAUAGUUUCCACAGAGGAAUGUUCAAGCUUACUGCAAAAUUGGAUGCAGAUUCAUUGCUCUACUGGCUCAGUCAUUUUGAAUGUGACGGUCACACAGUACACAUAACUCAACAGCAUCUACCACCCCCAAUGACUAGUACAGUCAUUGUUCACACAUGUACAUUCCAGUCUACUUUCCUUGGCUGCCAGGUUACAUUGAUGUUGCACAAACUGUUCAUGUUAUGAUAACAAUGCCUAAAUCUUUUCUGGACAGACCUCAUUUAAUGAGGAAAGAGUUUUGGCCUUAGCUCCCAUCUCAUUAGAGAUCAGAGGACCUGUACAGGAGAAAAACCUUACAGAUGUUCUGAGUGCUCGGAAACGUUUAGUCAGAAUUCCAUCCUAGUGAUUCACCAAAGGAUGCACGCAGGAGAGAAACCUUAUAAAUGUCCUGAUUGUGGUGAGUGCCUCAGUCAAAGCGUUAACCGUAUAGGAGGACCCACAUAGGAGCAAAACCUUACAAAUGUACCAACUGAGAAAUGCUCAGCAGAAGUGCCUACUUCAGUCAGCAUUGGAAAAUUCCCAGAGGAAAGUCUUUUGAGUCUCUUGAAGUUGAAGAUUUCCCUCAUGAGUGGACUUUGAAAAACUGUUUAGGGUAACUCAUCCUCAUCUCUUUGUUUUCAGUCCCAAAUUCAUCUUCCUCUUAAGUCCCAGGACCCACUUUUCUUUCUUCUUCUUCUUCUUUUUUUUUUUCCUCCUUUUUGGACCAUUACAAUUAAGGUAUUCUCUGAUCAUUAUGCUACAAAGUAUUUUUGGCUUGUUCACCAAAACAUCUAGAAAAAGUUAACUUCUAAGUUUAAGGAUGGGAAGACCCAGAUCACCAGAUCAGUGAAUCUGCCAUGAGAGAUUCUGUCAGGAAUGGAGACAAGAAGAAAUUUGUUUUGAUCUAAGGGAAGAUAGGAAGAGCUUCAAAUGAAAACCUAAAACAUAACCCUAAAGCAGAAUGACACCUGAGAGCUUAGAUUACCAUUGAAUUGCCUUAUUUCCUCUUUACUGAUUGGGUGGCAAUAAAUCAUUAUUGGUCUCAGGGAUUUACCCAGAGAAAAAUUCUUUUUGAACAAUCUGAUUUCCUGGCUGUUUUGCUGGGUCUUAAGG